AAAGCUGCGGUGAAGUGUUGAAGCGCCAAACUCGCAAGGUGACCGCUGGACGAGGCGGACGUGAGACGUAUUAUUUUAAUUUAUAAUCGAAAAGAUUGAGAAACAGCGAUAAACAAAAUGAAGAUGUCACAGCAUUGUUUCUUUGGAUUUCUGUUCCUACUGUCGUGUUACUUCGUAGAAAUCUCUUCGCGUCCCUCAAACGGCGAGGACAGCACAACAGCUUCAGAAGAUAUGAUACAGGAAAUAUUACAAUUGCCAAUCGUUGAUAAAACACAAAAAUCAUUGACUAUAGAUCAAGCUUUAAAUGAAAGCGGCGAUGACGAUACAAGAGACAUAUUAGAAAAAAUAAAAGCGAUAAACGACGGCUUGAGGAAACCAAUUAGACGACAGCAGAUUAAUUGGAACCCGCCCCUAACUGAAUCGACUCAAGCACUGAAUAAAGAAAUUCUUGAGAAACUACAACAAAUAAUCGCUUCUGGUAAACUUAAUGGUGUCCCUAAUCCAGACAAAGAACAGGACGAGCCUUCUGAGAGUCUCAACGAUUUAAGAUAUUCGAAACAAAUUAACCUGUUUCCCAGAAAUCGAAUAGCACCUGCUAUGACAGUUCCAUACCUGACAAAUAUGCCUGUCCUUAUCAUACCCAGUUUAUAUGGGGGACUUCCUAACGGAGAGUUAAGUGAUACAGAUUUACAACAAGCGUAUUAUCAAACUAGACAGAGCCCAACACCUUCGUCACCAUCACCGUUUCAAUUUCAAUGGCCAUUUGCUAGUUUCUUCCCAGUUCUGAUAAGAGACCCCUUCAUUAGCAUUCUAAAUGGAGGUGGGUGGAACAGUUUUAUCGAGUAUGGACAAAAUGCUGAUGUUUGUACAAGAAAACAAAAAGCAGCUGAAAAAGAUAUACUGCUACAAGAUAAUGUUUUAGAAAACGAAGAAACGUUAAAUGACAACAAAUUUAAAUUAAUUGAUAGAUUAAAUUCAAGAGAAGGAAGAGCCAUCAAAAAGCGUACUAUACCUCAUGGGUCUGGACAUCAAGUAAUUGAAGAUACAAAAUUUAUGAAAAUUUCUAGAACAAAACCCACCACAACUCAAAGACCUUUCCAAAUAACAAAACUUGACCAUAAAACGAAGACUUCAACUUCUGAAGAAGGAGAUCUACGAUUUCCUUUCGGAGACUUUACGUGGUUUGGAAAUAAGAAACCAGUCGCACCAAGUCCUGGAUUUUUCAUCAACAGGCUAAAAGUGAGAAGGGGUGGUGUUGCGAUAGCAGGGCCUGGAGGUGUAGCUACAGCUGGAAAAGGAGGAACAGCAAUUGUAGGCCCUGGAGGACUUGCCUAUACACAGCCCGGAGGCCUAGCAGUUGCCGGACCAGAUGCUCGAGUUGUUGCUCUGUCCUCAGAGGCCGAUCUUACUUCAAUCGUUUCCCGUCUUCAGCAACAAAAACAAAACGGGCGAGGAGGAGAAAAUCAACGGAACGGAAGAAGAUAUGAAGGAUUCGAUCGCGGAUCAGACGAAUACCGAUACAACGGAGUAACGUUUGAGAAAUCGCCGAGGAAGAUGGAAUAUAACGAUUUCAUGAUUUUCUUGAAGCCAAUAGCUCAUGCCGUAAGCUCCAAGGGAGUUGCAAUUGCUAACCCAAUAUCUGAAGUUGUAAUAGCGCGUAACAAAACAGGAUCAAUUGUCCACACGCCAGUAGCAGCAGCUGUUGUUGGACCAGGAGGAGUAGCGCAUGCCCAGCUUGUACAAUAUAUACCGUUCUAUGGAGGCGCUAAGGGUCAAUAUUUAGAAAUUAAGAAAAACAAUCUUGGAAACAUCACCAGCGAAUCAAUUGUAUCACAAGAUAAAAUAAGCAGUGACGUUGCAGAAAACAAUGAAGAGAAUUUACUCUCGAAACUGUUCAAAAAGAAUUUGCAAAGUUUGCGGAGUACUUCAGGUACCCUUAUUAAGCUGCAUAAUCUAGGGAAGAAGACUGGCUCCUUAAGCAACACAGAGAAAGAAAGAUUUAAAACGCAAUUAUCAUCACUAGAAGAAACUGUAUCAAACAUAAUCAAACUAAUUGAAGAUAUUGGAGAUGACGUUGAUGUACUUUUCAAAAAAGCUAAUUCUUUAAGGCGUACGGAAGAUCAGUACGUGGAUGACGAAGCUGGUGAAGGUGACGUGUCAGAAGAAGGAAUUAGUAUUGAAGCAAGUGCUGAACCCGUCAAUGAAUACGAAAAGGAAAUAGUUGCUGAAGCUAAGCCAGUUGGUCUAGCCGUUAUAGGAGAGCAUGGUUUAGCAGCCUCUAGACCAGUUGGUACAGCGGUAGCAUUAAAAGGAAUAGCUAUAGCCCGACCCAUAGGAACGGCUAUUGCUGGUAUUGAUCCUAGCGUUUUAGGUAUCAACUUCCAAAUUAACCAUUUGGCUAGGAGUAAAGGAUAUUGAAUAGACAUAAAUACAUGAAUCAGAUUAUGAACUUUUAGAGUAAUAUUUCUACGAAUACAAAGUAUUUAAGAAUUUAGGUUUUAAUUAGUUUUCUAAUUUAAAAUUACAGCACUGAAAUUCGUUGUUGUCGAAAUUGUUCAUUUCCGUCUUCCCAUAUUAUUUUUACGUCCUCCUUAUACAAAAUUAAUUUUGGCUUGAUCUGAUUAGAUUUGACUUAUGCUUGUCACAAUUUAAUAUUUGGACCGCCGCAAGAACUUUUGCUACUUAAAUUAAUAUUAAAGUAGUAGUUAAAAUGGUAUUUAAAAUAGCAGAGGAGUUAUAGCUAAUGGUUGAGCCGUGAUUAGAUUUAUUAUAUUUUGAUUUAGCUGUGUAGUCGAAACAUCGAAAGAAUUGUGAAUUAAAAAGUUCUAAUCACUUUUAUUAAGAUUUUUUUCUAUCUAUUAUAUAUUGAGUGAUACAAAUUUUGAAAUUAAAAACUUUAUAUUAAUUCUUUUAUAUACUAAUGUUUUAAUAUAAGUCUUGAUAUUAUGGUUAAAUACAAUGUGCCACAUAAAUUUAAGUAAUCGCCAUAUUCGAUAACCAUAGUUAUAAAAUAUAAAUUAAGUUCAUUAUAAAAAUGAAUUAAGAAUUUACUAAGAUCUAUGUGUGAUAAAAUGUCUUAAAAAGACCAAAAAUAUUUAUUGCAAAUAAAAUUUUGCAAC